GAGAGAGCGUCGCUGACGCCCGGAAAUCGCGAGAAGUGGCCAGACUCCCACCCCCCCCCCGAAGUUGAACAUGGAAGAAACUAGGAAAAUGAAGCUUGCGUCCGCCCGGAAGAUGCUCCGCGACUAUGAGAUCAAACAUAACAUCAUUCCUGGGAAGAAUGGCAAGAAGAAGAAGAAGUGCAGAGACGGCGACCAGGACGGCACAGCUGGCGAGGGCCACCAGUUGCCCAAGGGAAUUGAGGACAUACUGGAGGUGCUGGUGUGCGACCUUAACCGCUCCAAUGGGGUCGCGCUGUCCCCAUUGGCCGAGUGGCAGGAACCCCAGGACCAAGCCCCCCAGCAGCCCUCUCCGGACGACUCUCAGUCACCAAGUGUUCCUUCAUCCCCAGCCCGAGACAGCAGCACCGCAUCAGCUUCGAGUCUCGGAACGCAGAACGGGCAGAGUGAACCGAGAGCGUCAGACGCCGGCCCCCUGGGUGGGCUCACGUCCUCGACCGAGAGUCUGCGCCAGCUGUCUCAGAAACUGAAUGGACUCGUCUCCGAGCCAUCUCCCUGUUUGAAAGGCCAAGGCGUCAUGUCACCGACUAGCCUGAAAACCCUGGAGAGUCGGUACCAAGAAAUAUCCCUCGCCCUGGACCAAAGCAACGUGGAGAAGAAAGACCUUACCAACAAGAUCCUUGAGUUGCAACAUCAGCACCAGUGCACUGUGGCUCAGCUGGAGAAGGAGAAGAAGGAAUUUGAGCAGAAACUCGCCAAAGAACAAGGGUCUCUGCGUGAGCAGUUACAGGUUCACAUUCAGACCAUCGGGAUCCUCGUGUCCGAGAAGUCGGACCUGUACACGGCGCUGACGCACACGCAGCAGGCAAUGAAGCAGAAGACAGGGGAGUGUGAGGAUGUCACCAAGAACCUGCAUGCAUCCAGGCAGCGCGUGGGGGACCUGGAGCGCACUCUGUCGGCCCUGGCCACCCGGCAGAAGCAGGACGAGAAGCAUGCCAAGGAGUUAACCAAGGAACGCGAUGAUCUGAAAACAGAAUUGUUCCAGAAAAACAAAAGCGUGGCGGAGCUGAAGGACCUGGUGAGCGAGCUCCGGGAGAAGCUGCGCGUGUCGCAGGCGGAGACGGACGUUACCCAGCAGAGCGUGGCCGACCUGCAGAAGAAGCUGGAGAUGACGGAGCUGCUGCUGUUGCAGUUCACGGGCCCAACGGAAGGGCCGGGCAGCGACCCCCAGGCCGUGGAGGCGCUGGGCGAGAGGAAGCAGAUGGAGAGAGAGAUUGAAGAGCUCAAGAGACUGUUGAAGCAGCUGCAGGUGGAGAGGGACCAGCACCUGGAGCAGAUCAGGGCCCAGGACGAGUUCUGGCAGCAGCGCGUGCAGCAGGCCCUGCAGCAGAGCACGACGUUUAAGGACGAGAACGAGAAGAACGUCAGAUACAUUCAGGAGCUGGAGGCCAGCAUGGCCGACCUAAAGGCGCGGCUCGAGACCCCGGCCCCCCAGGAGCCCCCGCCGCCGCCGCCCGGGCCCUCGGAGCUGGAGGUGCAGCUGCAGGCGGAGGCCGAGAAGUGGAGGAAGGAGGUGGCGAGCCUUGCGGAGCAGCUGCAGACGCAGGUGCGCGACAACCAGAGCCUGAGCCAGCUGAACGCGGAGCAGGGCCAGCGGCUGCUGCAGCUGGAGCGGGAGGCCGAGGUGUGGAACGAGCAGGCCGAGGCGCGCGGCCGCAUCCUGGAGACGAUGGAGAACGACCGCACGACCAUCACGCGCGCCCUGGCCCAGAACCGCGAGCUCAAGCAGCAGCUGGCCGAGCUGCAGGACGGCUUCGUGAAGCUGAGCAACGAGAACAUGGAGGUGACGUGUGCGCUGCAGUCGGAACAGCAUGUCAAGGAGCAGCUGGCGGAGCGGCUGGGGCAGCUGCAGGAGAAGUUGGCGGAGAUGAAGGAGACGGUGCAGGCGAGGGCCAGCGAGGCGCAGGCGCUGCAGCAGCAGAGGGACCAGUACCUGGGCCACCUGCAGCAGUACGCGGCCGCCUGGCAGCAGCUGGGUGCCGAGAAGGAGCAGCUGCAGCAGCAGGCGCUGCUCCACGCCCAGCAGCUGGACCGGCUGCAGCACGAGCACGCGCAGGGCCAGGACGCGCUGGACGAGGCGCAGGGGCUCCUGAAGGCCACCGAGGAGCAGAAGCAGCAGCUCCAGGCCCAGCUGAGUGCGCUGCUGGCGCCGGGCACGGGGAUGGCGAGUGACGGGGACGGGGACGAGGAACAGGAGACGGCCCCGAGGACGCUGAGCCUGCCUGGGGACCUGGACGACAGGGAGGCCAUGCUGGAGUUCUGUAACUCGGCCUUGGCGCAGGCAGACUCGGAGCGGGCGGAGCUGCGCCGGCAGCUGGGGGCCGAGAGAGUCCGGAGCCGGGAACUGGCGCAAGCCCUGGCAGCCGCGCAGCCCGCAGCCCCCGCGCCCGGGGCCCAGACGGUCCCCCAGGAGACGCACGCAGCCCUGAAGGAGGCCAUGGACCUGUUGCAAACUCGCUUCGCGCAGAUCAUGCAAGAGAAGGUGGAGCUGCGGGAGCGCGUGGAGGAGCUGGAGCACCGCUGCGUGCAGCUGUCCGGGGAGACGGAGACCAUCGGGGAGUACAUCACCCUCUACCACAACCAGCGGGCCGUGCUGAAGGAGCGGCACCGCGAGAAGGAGGAGUACAUCACCCGCCUGGCCCAGGACAAGGAGAACCUCAAGGUGCAACUGCUGGAACUGCAGGAGCUCGUGUUGAUGCUGGUGGAUGACAGUUACUCCGGCCAAGGCGCCAAGGCCGCCUCCGUGGCCCUCGCUGGCUCCCUGGCCAGUGCCCCGACAGAAGCCCCUCACGCUGGCAGCCCCGGGUCUGUGGAGCUGAACCCGGAAGGGGCCCCGGCAGGUCCUGCACCCGUUAGCAACCCCACGGCUGUGAAGAUCAUCCAGCUGCUGAAGGAGAUGCAGAACUGUAAAGACCAGCCCGGCCUGGGCGCGGCGCCCUGCUCGCCUUGUAUUCCUUUCUUUUACAAGGCCGACGAAAACGACCAAGUGAAAAUCACCAUGAUCUAGCCCCGUCCCUGUCCCCCGGCCCCCUCCCACCGCGUCCUGUUCCUUCACUCAGGGGAAGGGGCAGGAACACUCCCGUGGGGGCCCAGCGACGGACGAGCAUGGCCUUUCGCUGUAGCUCGGGCACUGCCUGUACCAGUGAGCAGGGCCAGGGGCAACGCUGAUGCGCCGACAUCGAAGCAUCCACGCCUGCAUCACGGUGCCCGCGCCUGGGCUAUGGGCGUCAUAAACGUGGUGCCUCCCCCAUCCUCACACAGCUGGGGGAAGAAAGUGAAAAUCAGUAAAAAAAAGAAAAAUAGGCAAGAGAGUGAAGGUCAGAGGAGCAGCUGUGACAGAGAAGCACCGGAUGCCUGUUCAUGCGCACGGACCGUCCGGCAUUUGCCCCUUCGGGCGUUAGGGGACAUCGGUGUGCCCUUGGGUCUGAUCCCAGCGCACAUAAUGUCCUUCCCGCUGCACCCAGGCUGGGACUUGAAUGUCCCCCUACACUAGCCGGGCAUCUGGGGCAGUAUGCCCCCAAACACUACGCCCAGGUGCCCAGGGACAGAAAUAUCUUUUAACACUAGACAUCAGGGAGUUUGGAGCCAAAAAUCCUUCCCUAUCCAGGAGGCCAGAAAAGGGACAGGCCGGAAGUGAAACUUCAUCACACCUGGCCCAGGAACUGCCACCAAUUGUUUUCAGAUUUUGGUUUAUGGGAAAGCUGGAAACUCGCAGUGGGUUGCCCAUGGCGUGGGUCAGCCAGCUUCUCCCCCAGUUUUAACUUAAAAUUAGGUCAAACGGAGGUGAAGAGCAUGCAGCAGGUUCGGCGUUUUCCUGCUCACACAGGACCUGGGUUUGAUCUUGGGCAUCCUGUAUGCACUGACCACAGCCAGGAGUGAAAAAAUAUGAGAAAAAAAAAUCUUGAAAAAAUACAAAAAAAAACUCUUGUCCCAGAGGCCCAAGAGGAGGCUGGAUAACUGUCAGCUGCUGGCAAGGGUCCGAGUCCUUCCCUGGACAAUAUGGGAUCCUGAGCACAAAGCUGGGAGGAGCCCUAAGACCCCCCAAACCAAACAAGCAAAUAAUCUGACCAGACAGAGGCUCAAAGAGUUGCUCAGAGGAGGCUGUGGAGGGGUCACUGCCUUAGACACCCUCCUUAAGGGGGUGUCAGCCCUGAAAAAGGCACUUUGGGGGCUAACAUGCCCCCCCUUGGCCCAGAUCAAAACUGGGCCACACUCAGACGUUAGCGUCUGGGCUCCCCAGGCCAAGGAAGGGGCACGCACACGGGCUGGGGAAGGCACCCUAGGGCUGGGCUGGAACUGGCAGAGUGCCGGGUUCUAGGCCCUAAUAGGGGUGGGGACUAAUUUAUUGGUGGCAGGGGACAGAGGAAGGAGGAGUGGAGGGGUCUGCUGUCCCCGAGAUUCGCUGUCCUAUUUGCACUGGGGUUGGAAUAAAUGGAUG